AUGAGUAGGGUCGGAAACGACUCGCACAGCGACCUUCAGACGGCCCGCUUCCCAUCGUCGCGAGGGCUCAGCAUAACACGGCAACCAGAAUACACGCUCGAUCGCGAUGAAGACAACUUGCCGCCGGUGGUGGGGCAGAUCGUCAUGCAGCGACGAACGCGACCAAAGCUCGCGAAGGAGCACCGCCCGGGGCUCCGAAGAUGGCUGCGGUUCAACGAGACCGGCAACACGACGUGGUUGCAGGCGGACAAGUUCGCCAUCGUCCACGAACUCGGCGUGCGGCUACGCGACCUGCGCAUCAUCGAUCCGAACCCGAUCGGGGCCACCAGGCCGCAGACGUACCUGGCCCACAGCAGCCGCGUACGGUCGCCGAUGGCCAUCCUGAUUCGCGAACGCGCGCUGGUCGUCUCGCUCGAGGACGUCAAGUGCAUUAUUUCGACGGACCAAGUGCUCGUCCUCGACGCCGUCGACAGCAGCCUGGGCACCCUGACGCAGGAGUUGUACCGCCGCCUCAACAGCCCGCCCCACCCGGACGACCCCCCCUACGAGCUCAAGGCCCUCGAGGUCUGCCUGGACGUGUCGUGCAGGUCGCUGGAGCAGCUCGCGUCGUCCGUCGAGUCGGAGUCGCUGCCCACGCUGGAUGCCCUGGCGGGCGGCGACACGAGUCCUAAGCGGCUGGAGCUGGUGCGGAGGCUGAAGUCGCGGAUGGUGCACUUGGUACGGCGUACCGAGGCUAGCAAGGAGGUUCUCGAGAAGCUCCUCGCCGACGACAAGGACAUGCGCGACAUGGUGCUGUCGGCCAAGAUCCUCACGACCGGGAGUCAGCUCGGUACUGUGCACGAGGACGCUGCGCCGCACGACGGCGGCGCAGGGCCCAGCAGCGGGCCGGCGGCCGCGCAUGACGCAGCUGCUGCGGAGGACGCAGCGGCGCCGCGGGAGCCUGACGACGCGGUCCUGGACGACAACCAGGGCGAGCCGGCUGCGCACCCGACGGGCUCGCUGGGCACGUCGUGGCCGCACAGCGUCAGCCGGCUCACCCGGGCGUCGCUCCAGCGGCGACAGUCGGGCGUGGGCAACCCCUCGGCGUCGGGGGACAGCCUGGCGGACACGGCGGGGGACGACAUGAUCGCGGAGGUGGAGAUGCUGUUGGAGGCGUACUACAUGCAGGCGGACAACACGCUCGAGCGGCUCCGGGCGCUCCAGGAGUAUGUGGGGGACACGGAAGACCUGCUGGAGAUAUCUAUGGACUCGCUGCGGAAUCGACUGAUCACGCUGGAGCUGAUGCUGACGCUGGCGUCGCUCAGCGUGGCCUUCAUCGCGAUGGUGGCGGGUGUCUUUGGCAUGAACAUGAAGAACACGUUCGAGGAGUCGACCCAAGCCUUCAUAGUCACGGUGCUGAUCUCGUGUGUAGUUGCAACAUCCAUCUUCGCUGGCGGGCUGCUGUGGUGCCGCAGGCAGCGCUGGCUGCCGAACGCGUGA